AUGCGGGGUCGUCUACGUGAGGCAGCAGUGCCUAUCGAGUUUCACAGGGCCGCAUCACCAACAGUGCGUUUCCGAAAUCCUCGUGGUGUAAUGGAGUCUCGACCAAAGGCAGCGUUGACAACUCUAACGCUUCUGGGUGUCAUAUAUACUGCGAGUAUCAGCGGUGGGUAUGGCUUGGAGGAGUCUGUAAGUGCUGGUGGGCCGCUGUUAACUAUAGUAUUCCUCUGUAUCAUCCCAUUUCUGUGGGGUAUACCCGUGUCAUUGUGCGUUGCGGAACUCUCGUGUGCGAUUCCGUCAAAUGCUGGUCCUAUCAUGUGGGUGAACGUCACAUUUGCUCCAUGGUUUACUUUCUGCACCGUUCUUUGGACUGCCUUCCUGAACUUCGUCGACAAUAGUCUGUACCCAACAGUCCUUGCGGACUACAGCGCGGCUCUGCUGCACCUCAACUUUGUUGAAAAAUCCAUAGUGAAGGUGGUUUUCUUGUGGACGUGCGCUGCAAUCAAUAUGGUGGGGGUCUACCUAGUUGGUGCACUUAGUGUGGGGGUGAUGUUGGUGACGCUGUUGCCCUUCCUUCUCAUGUUCCUGUUUCAACUUCCUCACGGUUUCAAUUGGGAACGGGUUGCGUAUGUGCCAGAGAAUAUAAACUGGGCUGUAUUUCUUCCUGUCGUUGCGUGGAAUUUUUCCGGUUUUGACAGUGCUGGCAACGUUAUUGAGGAGGUAAGUAAUCCAAACCCAACUUUCAUUCGAGCCCUUGUGUUGAUGAUUAUUUCCGCCUUGGCAACUUACAUCCCACCUAUUUUAGUGGGGGCAAGCGCCGAAGCACUGAAGGAUACACCCUUUGACAACUGGAACAAUGGAUUCUGGGUGAAGGUCGGGGAGGCGGUUGGCGGCUACGGCAUGGGUGUUGUUGUGAUGAUUGGUGGCACCAUCUCCACACUAGGACUCAUGACGACACUACUGACAACAACUUCACGCUCAUUGGCUGGAAUGGGAACACUCAAUGCCUUUCCGUUUAUCUCCAACUGGCUUGCGCGUUACCACACCAAGCGCGGCACACCAAUCAAUGCCAUAAUAGUCAACACAACAAUCACAUCCAUUCUGUCAGUAUGCCUCUCUUUCGAGACCCUUGUGGAGUUAGAUCAGGUUUUGUACUCGCUGCGCCUCAUCGCGAUUCUUCUUGUAUUCCUGCGACUACGAUUCACGCAGCCGUUGCUUGAGCGUCCCUACCACGCACCGGGAGGCCGAUUCUGGGCGCUGCUCUGGGGUGGCGUACCAAUUGCCUUUAGCAGUUGCCUCAUUCUGGUGUCGAUGUUGGGCAGCAUCAUGCUUUUCUGGAGUACCGUAGCUUUGGUAGUUGGGACUAUAGUUGUUUCAUUCUUUGGGGUGCGCCUCUUUAGACCGGAGGGAUUUGAGGGUAAACUUGUUGAGGAAUAUGAAGACGCUGAUAUGCAGACGUACGGAACGGUUCUGGAGUGCGAAUCGAAUGAGUGGCGCAAGACACACCCGCAUCACACUUUUAUUGAGCGUGGUGUGACACCAUAUCAUCCUGUUUGA